AUGUCACUCUGUGUCGCGUGCAACAAGCCUCUUGUGGUCGAAAUUGAGGCCGACGAUGAGGAGCAAUGCGAGAUGGCUGGAUCGUCUUCAGGCAAAGCACCAGCAGCAGCGCCAGAAACUGUCCCAGAUGACGUGCAGCUGAGUUGCGAAUGUCAUUUCCACUGGGAUUGUCUUCUGGAAGCCUACCAUGUCACCGAGUGUCCGAGCUGUGGGAAAAACAUUGCCUCUGUGUCACUGAGUGGCGAACAACAGGUGCUCUGCAACCUCAACAACGAGGGUGGUUUGCAGGAAAACCUUGACCUUCUCCCUCUCCUCACAGAGGAGAGCUACCUGAAAGCGUACCCCGAAGACCGAAAAUGCCGCGCGUUCCUUGAAUUCUGCCGCGAGGGCGACUACAAGGCAAUCAUCGACAUGUUACAAGAUGAUGAGGUGGAUGAGGUGGAUGAGGACGAAGAUGAAGAGAUGGGCGACGAUGACCAGCCGGAUAAAGAGGUCGGUAUUGACCGAUUGUUGAGGUACCAGGACCCUAUUGGCGAGAUGCAAUCAGGACUCCACGCUGCUGUCCAGGCUCAGAGCAGGGAGGUUGCGUGGCUGCUGCUACUGCUGGCUAGUAACCUGGAUCUCAUGCAAUUUCCCCCUGAGGUCUUCCAGGAAGCAGCAGCAAUGGGCAUCAUGAGAGGACUCACAGAAGACAAGGUAGAUAUUAGGAGUCUGAAGGACGCGAACGGCAAGUUUGCGGAAGACUACGCGAAUGAGAUCGGUGGUGUUUGGAACGGGUGGACGGGAAACGGAAGGCUGUCGAUAUGA